CCAAGUUUCAGUUCAAGAAGUGGUAAACACACCUUAAAAACGGGAACUUAGGACUAUUCUCCAGUUACAUCUGUGUCUUGUUUGCAAAGCUCUCAUGGAAACAUUUGAGGAGGUUUUACAAUGAGCCACCCUGAGGAGAGAGAAGAGGCCUGCAGGUUCUCAAAUGAUGAUUGAGGAAAAUGACAAUGACAAUGAGCUCAAAGCUCCCAGGUCUGAGCAGGAAAACCAGAGAUCUACGGAUUUUCCUCUGGGUUUCCAAAGGACUCAGGGGAACAGCCCUUCACCAAGCUGUUUAUCCAUAAAAAGUGGGAAAUCCAUGGAUUACCCUGUUAAAUUCAAAAAAAAUGAGAAGAACAGAAGAAGGUUUUCCAUGCCAAUAACUUUGUCCUUGCAAAGUGAUGAAUCUGAAAAUGUUCCUGUUGGUUCUAAACAACGUUCAUUGUCAGAGAGGGACCAGCAAACAUCAGAGGGAUCCACCAUUCAAACAAACCUGGACACAAUAUUUAUGACCCUUGAAAAGGACACUAUUAAGUUUGUGAAGAAUGAGCUAAAGAAGAUUCAGGGGAUUUUGGACAGAGGGCGAUUACAAAACCAAGAAGAAGAGAUGCUAUAUGAGCAGGAGAAGAAGAGAAGCAAACAAGCUAUUCUGAACAUCUCUCUGCAUUUUCUGAGGACAAUGAAUCAUGGGGAGCUUGUUGAUGAACUACUAAACGGUGACUUCAUCAUGAGCCAGUAUGAGGACAGUGACGAGACGCAGCUGUCCUCAAAUGAUAGACUGUCUGAAGAACAUGACAAUAAGACUGGAUCUGGGAGACCUGAACCUGACACACCUUAUAAUCCUUCCCCAAGCUGUGUGUCCAUGAAAAGUGACAAAUCUAAGGAUUACCCACUGAAGUUCAAACAAUCUGAACCUGACACACCUUAUAAUCCUUCCCCAAGCUGUGUGUCCAUGAAAAGUGACAAAUCUAAGGAUUACCCACUGAAGUUCAAACAAUCUGAACCUGACACACCUUAUAAUCCUUCCCCAAGCUGUGUGUCCAUGAAAAGUGACAAAUCUAAGGAUUACCCACUGAAGUUCAAACAAUCUGAACCUGACACACCUUAUAAUCCUUCCCCAAGCUGUGUGUCCAUGAAAAGUGACAAAUCUAAGGAUUACCCACUGAAGUUCAAACAGGCUUUGGUGAAAACAAGAAGUUGUCCUGUAGAUUAUCUUACUGAUGUCAAACAGGAUUAUCACUAUCAAGUUCACAAGAGGCCAAAUCUGGACUCAGUAUUUCAGAUUCUUGAGGAAAACAUUGUUACUUUUGUGAGGACUGAACUAAGGAAUCUUUAUCGGCUGUUAAAUCCAGAACACUUUCAAACCUCCAAUGAGAAAAAUCAGAUGGUUAAUUGUGACAAUGAAGAGAAAUGGGGCAUCAAAGAAGCUUUUGUCAACUUAACGCUGGAGUUUUUGAGGGGAAUGAAGCAACAGACGACUGCUGAGUUGCUACACAACAAAUGCCUUGUGGCCAAGAGUCACUGCAAACUCAAAUCUAAUCUAAGGAGGAAGUUGGCGUAUGUAUCUGAAGGAAUCGCCAAAGAAAGAAAUCCAACUCUUCUAAAUAAGAUCUACACCGAGCUCUACAUCACUGAGGGAAAGCCUUCAGAAGUCAACUGUAAACAUGAAAUUAAACUGAUUGAAAGAGCUCACUCAAAGCCAGAAAAAACAGAAAAAACAAUCACUUGUGAAGGCAUGUUUAAGCCCAUUACUGGAAGUGAUAAACCAAUCAGAACAGUGAUGACAGAGGGAGUGGCUGGCAUCGGGAAAACAGUCUUGACACAGAAGUUUGCACUGGACUGGGCAGAAAGCAAAAUUUACCAGCACAUACAGUUUAUGUUUUUGAUUCAUUUUAGGGAUCUGAACAUCAUGAAGAUGAAAAAAAUAAGUUUGGUUGAACUUAUUCAUCUCUUCUUUCCUGAAACCAAAGAAGCAGAAAUCUGCAACUUUGAAAAGUUUCAGGUUUUAUUCAUCUUUGAUGGUUUGGAUGAGUGUCGACUUCCUUUGAACUUGAAGACUAAUGACAAUCUGACAGAUGCUACACAACACACAUCUCUAGAUGUGAUACUAACAAACCUUAUCAAGGGGAGGUUACUUCCCUCAGCUCGCAUCUGGAUCACAACUCGACCUGCAGCAGCCCAUCAGAUCCCUCCUGAGUUUGUUGACCUGGUGACUGAAGUCAGAGGAUUCAAUGAUCCUCAGAAGGAGGAGUACUUCAGAAAGAGAUUCACAGAGGAAGAGGAAAGCAGAAGGAUAAUUUCUCAUCUCAAGACAUCAAGAAGUCUCCACAUUAUGUGCCACAUCCCUGUCUUCUGCUGGAUCUCAGCAACAGUUCUGGAAGAUGCCUUUAAAACGAAAACCAAAGGAGAGCUGCCCACCUCCCUAACAGAGAUGUAUGUCUACUUCCUGGUGGUUCUGUCCAAAGUGAAAAAUGUGAAGUAUGAUGAAGUAGCUGAAAAUAAUCCCCUAUGGACUCCAGAGACCAGGGAUAUGAUUCAGUCAUUGGGGAAGCUGGCCUUUGAGCAGUUAAUGAAAGGCAACCUGUUCUUCUAUGAAUCUGACCUGAUGGAGUGUGGCAUCGAUGUCAGCAUAGCAUCAGUCUAUUCAGGGGUGUUCACAGAGAUUUUCAAAGAGGAGAGGGGGCUAUUUCAAGAUAAAGUGUUUUGUUUUGUCCAUCUGAGCAUUCAGGAGUUUCUAGCCGCUCUCCAUGUCUAUCUGACAUUCACCAACACUGGAGUCAAUCUGCUGUCAGAAGAGAAAUCUACAAACAACCAGUCCCAAAUGUCCAGAGAGACAUUUGAGCUCUUCUACCAGAGUGCUAUAGACAAAGCUUUAAAGACCCCAAAGGGACAUCUGAAUCUGUUUCUUCGCUUCCUGUUGGGUCUUUCUCUAGAAACCAGUCAAACACUUCUCAGAGGUCUUGUAAUAGACACAGCAACAGGAAGCAGUUCCAAUCAAAAUACCAUUCAGUACAUCAAGAAGAAGAUUGCAGAAAUCAUGUGUCUGUCUAAGAAAGCUAAUUUAUUUCAGUGCCUGAACGAGCUGAAGGACUAUUGUCUUGCAGACGAGAUUCAACAAACUCUGAGAUCAUCAAAACUGAAAACAGAUAAUCUUUCUCCUGCUCAGUUGACAAUUCUAGUCAACAUCAUGUUGUCUUCGGAGGAGAAUCUGGAACUGUUUGACCUGAAGAAAUAUCCAGUUUCACAGAAUGUUCAGUUGGCUCUUUUGCCACUGUUCAUACAUUCUACCAAAGCUGUGCUCAGCUACCUUGCUCUGACAGAGAUGACCUACCAUGCUCUGGUCUCAGGCCUCCAGUCUCCAUGUGGCACGCUGAAGGACUUGGACCUCAGUAACAAUGACCUGCAGGAUUCAGGCCUGAAGUUGCUGUGUGAAGCACUUUGCAAUUCAAAUUGCAAACUGGAAACUCUGAGGUUGUCAGGCUGUCUAAUCACCAACGAGGGCUGUGCAGUUCUGGCAUCAGCUCUGAAGUCCAACCCCUCUCACCUCACAGAGUUAGAUCUCAGCUACAAUCAUCCAGAAGAAUCUGGAGUGAAACUCCUUUCUGCAGGACUGAAAGACCCAAACUGGGCAUUGCAGACUCUGAUAACGGAGCCAUUUGGAGCACAGUUUUUAAACCCUGGUCUGAACAAAUAUGCCUGUGAAAUCGCAAUGGAUCCUAGCAGUGCUCACAGAAACCUCCAACUCUCUGACAACAACAGAAAAGUGACAGUGGGAGGAAAGAAGCAGCCACAUCCUGAUGAUCCAGAGAGGUUUGACGUUUGGGAACAGCUGCUGUGUAAAGAUGGUCUUACUGGUCGCUGUUACUGGGAGGUUGAGUGGAGAGGAAGAGUUUCCAUCGGAGUGACGUAUAAAGGAGAAAGUGAUGACUGUGGUGUUGGCAUGAACAAGCCGUCCUGGACUUUGUUGUGCUCUGAUGAUGGUCUAUCGGUCCAACACGGAAACAAAAUAACACCCAUCCAUGGAGACCCUUCAAACAGACUGGGAGUUUAUCUGGACUGGCCUGGGGGGAUUGUGUCCUUUUUUGGGGUUUCUUUGGAUAAAAGUACCUACCUUCACUCCUUUACUACUAAAUUCACAGAGCCAGUUUAUCCUGCUUUUGGGAUUUCCACUGAUUCAUCUCUGUCUUUGUGUUAGAUGUAGUACUACAGUAAGAACAAUUGAGGUAAUCAGAAGAUAUAAUCCUUAAGUAAAUUGCAAACAUCUUCAUGUCUAUCUUAAUCCAAAUUCUACUUUGGAUGUACAUGCAGUAUGUACGCCACACAAAGUAUUGAAUCAUUUUCUUUCUUGAUAAUUGAAUCUGUUGAUUCCUAUUAAGCAUUUGACAGGUUAAUUAUUUACUUAAUGGUAAAUGUUAAUGAACCAAAACUAUGCUGAUUACAGAUGAUGGAUGAGUCACUACUUAUUAUUAUUAUUAUCAGUUUGUAUUCAGGGCCUCCUUCUACUUGCGUCAGUGUCCUGCUGUGAUUAAAGAGGAAAGACUGCUGGGCUGAUUGUUUGCUUUUGAAGGAAUGAGGAGUGGAACAACUUUUCUACCACAAAAUAACAUUUAUAUUUGAAAUUUGUUGGAAGUCAACCAGGAGAAUAUUUCUGUUGUUGUUAUAUCUUUUUUGUAUUCUGAUAAUAAACUAUUUUUAGAAUUUACUGAUGAUAAACUAUUACAAAACAUUUAAUUCUAGUAAACCUGUAUUGUUUCGUACAAAUUUACAGCAACCAAUCAAUCAAUGCAUCAGUAGCCUUUCAAGUUAUAACUGUGUGUAUUAUGCAGCAUUGCGCUUACAAUUAAAUUGGGUUUUGGUUUUUAACCUGCUGUUAUGCAAACAGCAGUGUUUUUGGAAAAGACAAUAUCUUCCACAGGUUUAAUUUAAGUAAGCUUGUUAAUAUGAUACUAUCAUAAGCAUCAUGAUGCGAGUUUUCUCUGACAUGCUGUGUAAUUUGUGGGUUUAUUUUUGAAGUUUACUUUGCUAAGCGACUUUCAUUUUUGCACAUAUUUUGGUUAUUUGGAGUUAAUAUGUAACUUUCAUUCAAAAAUUGAAGUGAGCUGUUUAGAUACACAUUAAAAUGUUCAUUAAAUUGUUAAA